AUGAAUUUCAAUGUCUGGAACAUCAAGGAGAUGCUGAGCACACCAACAGCCCUUGGGUCCAAUAAGUUUUCCAUGAGGAGCAGCACUGCCAGUGACUACUCGAGUCUGAGUGAUUCUCAGCUGCUCUUUGGCUCCCAGUUCUGCCUGGAGAAUGUGCAGUCGGCAGCAGCACCGCUGGAGCUGGGCACGCAGCCGGGACAGCAGAACUCCCAGGAUAGUGAGACCAGUAUUUUUACCAAAUACCAGACAAAACCACAGUUAUUUGAUGAAGAAACAAGAGAAAAAUGUUCUCUUAAUUUUGGUGCAGGAAGAGUGAAAAGUGUCUUGGAAAAUUUUGAAGUGAAUAAGAACAAAAUAAAGGAAAAAUAUGACCGUGAAGUCCUAAGCUCCUUUAUUUCCAGCACCAAAGAGAAGUUUCAAGAGCUGCAAGUGUCCUUUGAGAAGUUUGAAGAAAAAUUUGAUUCCAAACUCAAAUCCAGUUUGGUUUGCCAAGAAACCUUUUCCAAGACAUUGCAAGACGCUCUUCAAAGUCACUCCAGCUUGGUGCUGAAAGCUUUGACAGAUAAAAGCCAAAUGGAGCAGGCACUGCUGGAGAUGGAGAGGAGACUUGCAGCCAAAGACAUGGAGAUUUUAGAUAUGAAAUCCAGUAUCCAGAUGCUGAAGGAGGGUCAGGAGUCACUGCCAGCCCAGAUAUAUGACCAGUUCCUUAAAGUGUGUAAAGAACUCAGCUUCCUGAACCUAUGUAAUACCUCAGCUGAGCAGCACACGCUUGUGUCUAGUGCCAGCCUGCCCCCUUGCACGACAGAUAAGUCUGUCCAGACCUCCCCUGGGCUGAGCCAGCACUGUGUUCUGAGUGAGGGGUAUCCACACAGGCCAUGCUGCCCAGGCAAGGGAGUUUGCAGCUGCUCAGGCUGGUCUCAUUUCCCCUGUGUGACAGUGGAGCAGCAACACGGAGACUCCCCUGGAAGGAACCAGAUCACUGGAGAUGGCACAUUUAAGGGUGGUCUAAACCCAGCCUCAGGAGACAAAGUCAGCCCCAUUGCUACAGCAGUGAAAUGCAACUUGGACACACAGAGUUGUGCUCCCCAUCUUUGCAUGUGCUGGGCUGGCAGACACUUCUUGGGGAGUAGUCAGAAGAAACACUCUCCUAUACCACUGGAAAUGCCUCUACCAACCCCACUGAGGAAGGCAUUCAGGAGGGGCACUCGAGGGUUUAAGCCACUGACACUGUCACAGCAGCAGCAGCCUCAAGUUUGCCAUCAUUCUGCACAGAAAGCUACACCUGGGCAAAGACACAGCAAUGGGUCCACAAACUAUGAGGUGGAGAAGGCAGACGUAGGGAACAAAACCAAACAGAGUCCAGGAAGGAUGCUCUGGAAAAAAGCAAUAGGGAAAAAGACAACACACUUCACUAAGAGGAAAGGCGAACACUCUGCAUGUGCUGACAGUGGGCUAAAGCAGAGGAAGGCAAAUGGGAUUAUUGACUUGGAAAGCUCCAGAAAAAAUUCCUUUCCCAGAUACUUGGUUGAUCUCAAUUCAGAAAACUCGGACCCGGUUUUUGCAGCUCCCCACCAGCAGAUCCUCAGCAGUGUUCAGCGGGGGCUUACAAAGAAUUUCCCACCAGUGCCACGCUCUGAUAAAAGCCUGCAACAACUUGCAAGCAGAAGAAGGAGAAGCCUUGAAACUAAAAAAACAAUUAAUGUUUCCAGUGUGAAAAGGUAUCUCUUGGAUUCCUCUCCCGAGGAGGAUAUAUUUUCCCUGUGUAGCACAACAGGUGUAAAGCAAAUAAGCUGCUUCAGCCUCCAAAGCCCCUCAAGCUCCAAGAAACCACAUCCUGUCAAUCCACUGGCUCAGCAGAACACAGCCAGUUGCUCUUUAAUAUUUGAAUGUGAUUCUUCUGAUUGAAGGGGUUUGUUUCAUUCUCAGAGCUCUUAGUGCAGGAUGACCAUUUCAGGUGCAGUUUAUUCCUCUAGGUGUGUUACCUACUUAGUCAGAGGCAAGACUCAGGCUGGAUGCUUGAAAGUGCUAUUGCCCAGUUUGAGACAUUGUAAGGGGUCUAAGCAGGGCUGUCCCCCAGCUUGGAAAGCUGAGGGGAUCUGUAUUGUUUUACUUCCCCUCUCCCAGAAGAGAUACCAUGGGCUUGAGUUACCACAGGGUUCACACACCAGUGAAGUACCUGACAUUCCCAGGGAGGAGAGGGCUGGCAGAGCAGAUGGUCAGCUCAGCCAGGUUUGGCACCGAGAUCUACUGGAAAUUCCUCAGCUAGAUCAAUAUAAUGCUGUCUCUGUGGCCAGAGGCUUCACUGUUUCUCACUAAUAGUAUCUCUGUCACUUUGUUCUAUAGAAGUUCAGGGUUUUAGUAGAGUAGUAUUGUUCUGGUUGAUUUUGAUGA